AUGACGAAGACUUGGACUACUUCUCCGGAGAUGACUAUGGAAGAAGAUUAUGACGAUACCCCAAUAAAGCGCCAGCCCCAACGGAGAACCGCACAGCGGCUUCUACCACGACAAUCACUACAAAAGGAACGACAAAAUGACCGGCGUCAACGGCCCAUGAAAACUGCAUCAGCCCAAUCAGAGGAUAAAGCAAUGCAACCAUUGGAGCGCAUCGGACCACCAGAAACGUCAAUGGAUGGGCCAGUAACCUAUGCUCGUGCGCAGCGAGGCGAGAUCCCCAUGCGGGACGGAAAUCCGAAUCAGAAGCUCAACACUGCCGAGAAGCAUCAGGAAGAUGAACAGGAUGGUCUGAAAUUGAAGCUGGAGCUUAAUCUAGAUAUAGAGGUAGAAUUGAAAGCCAGUAUCCAUGGCGAUCUGACACUCGCUCUUCUGUAA